AUGGUGGCCCUGGUUCCGAUUCUCUUCGCCAAUGUGGCUGCCGUGCAGAUUGUUCUGCUCUCGCUCAUGACGGUUGUCUACCUUGUGGCCGCCACCCGCGUGUUCCCUUGGGCGACGGAUUUGGCGAACAGUGCAGCAGCUCUUCGGAAGAUGGCUUGA